UUUGUCUACAUUUGCUAUCAAAACCUGCCUCAACACACCGAUACUCGUGCUGGCGACAUGUGGAGGUUGUCCUGGUCAGCUGACUAUAAACAUCACAGCUUCAUUGGCACUUCCACAUAAAACCAUUAGCGAAGGUAAUAUAGCUUCUUCGGUAGAGUGCACGUCCAUAAUCUCUUAAAGGGUCUUGUGUGGAAGCUGCUCUUCCAGUGUGUCUGCCGGCAUUUGCAGACUUCACGAUGUUGCGGCGAUCGUUACUACGUCCAGCAGUGACAGCACGUGAGCUCACGAAUUGUUCCCCGUCCUCGUCCUCAGAAAUUAACCGUUGACAUACGAAGAAAUCCUCGAUCGAUAAUGUACCUGGAGCCGAAGAUGCGGUACUACUUUCUCCGUUCUUGUCAACCAAUCAAAUCGCUUGUCUCUCAUCGGCACGUCGCUUCGAACAUUGGGUCACAUCAGGACGGUGCCAGGGAGUAGCCACUACAUAGAUAAAAUUGACUUUGGCUAUUUUUUUUAGAAAACUUCCAAAUAUUGCUGUUUAUUGCUGCCCACUGUGCUAUCAUUGCCUUUUAACAAUGAUGUUAUGAUUGGCGACUGUGCUGUGUUUCUUCACUGAAGUGACGGUCGCCCCUAUGGGACUUGGACAUAGUCGCUUAGCCAGACAGCCGAGGGAUUGUAUUGUGACAUGUUAGUAGAACGCAUAGGAGAGGGUUACACGAUGUACAUGAGUGGAUAUUUACUUUGUUGAGGGGAGACACACUACCAGCCAAAUGUACGACGCCUCUGACGAAGGGGAGGAGGACCCCCCGUGUUUCGAGGAGUAUGAGGAAGCAAGUGGGCGUCUACGUUACAAGGCUCGCAACAUGAUCGGGGCGACGGGAAGCCGCCAUGUAUCGCAACGGCGGCGUGCCUCCAUCGUAUCUGGGAGCACCCCCUACCCCUCACUGUUCGGCCACAUGGAGCAACUCUCGGAGGAGCCCGCCCCUAGGGUGGCGAGGCGUAGGGCUGUGGAUACCUCAGAUUUGCGCACAUGCGCUCUACUACAGGGGAAGCUGAAAGAGCUUAAGACGUACCCAGAGAUGGCAACAUUUCAAGCCCACAGCGGCCAAGGUGACGAUGGAGACUAUUCAGGCCCCUAUGAUGGCUCCCUAGGACAUCUUUCUAGACGUGCCGCUCACUUGAGUCUCCCAGGAAUGGCCGCGUCAAGCAACCGUUCGCUCUUCAUUUUUAGUGAGGAGAACUUUAUCAGAAAAUAUGCCAAGAUCAUCAUUGAAUGGGGGCCUUUCGAGUAUAUGGUACUUCUCACCAUCAUCGCCAACUGCAUCGUGCUGGGCCUGGAGGAACAUCUGCCAGUGAAUGACAAGACCCCCCUGGCUGUUCAGCUGGAUGAUACAGAAAUCUACUUCCUGGGUAUCUUCUGUGUGGAAGCUUUACUAAAAAUUGUAGCUCUAGGUUUUGUACUUCAUAAAGGCUCCUAUCUACGUAACAUCUGGAACAUAAUGGACUUCAUCGUAGUUGUUACAGGCCUGCUGACAUACUUCAGUUCGAUGGGGUCCACGACCUUCAACCUGCGUACCCUCCGAGCCGUUAGGGUUCUCCGACCCCUCAAACUAGUGUCUGGGAUUCCCAGUUUGCAGGUGGUGUUGAAAUCCAUCAUUCGGGCUAUGGCUCCACUGCUACAAGUGUGUUUAUUGGUGCUUUUUGCCAUCAUCAUCUUCGCAAUCGUCGGCCUGGAGUUCUAUUCGGGUGCUUUCCACAACGCUUGUUUCAAAAACAAAUUUGGUAGAACGUUAGGUGACAUUGAUUAUGGGGAUGAACCUGAUAUACGACCGUGUGCAAAAAAUCCCAAUUCUCCGGGAGGUUUUAAGUGCCAAUUAAAUAUAUCUGAGUGUAAAGAAGGCUGGCAGGGCCCCAACUUUGGAAUCACCAGCUUUGAUAACAUUGGCUAUGCCAUGCUGACAGUGUUCCAGUGCAUAACAAUGGAAGGAUGGACCACAGUUUUGUACUAUACAAAUGAUGCCUUAGGGAGCACUUUCAACUUUUUAUAUUUUAUACCCCUAAUCGUCCUAGGAUCAUUCUUCAUGUUGAAUCUAGUACUGGGAGUCCUCAGUGGAGAAUUUGCCAAAGAGAGAGAAAGAGUAGAAAACCGUAGAGCGUUCUUCAAGCUACGUAGACAACAACAAAUAGAACGGGAGUUGAACGGAUACCUUGAGUGGAUCUGCAAAGCGGAGGUGAUACUCAGUGAAGAAAAAACCACAGACGAAGAAAAGUUAAAAAUCAUGGAAGGUAUGUAUGCACGCCGCCGUGCAGCAGCCAGGAAAAUGAAGCAGUUGAAAGGAGAGGAAACGGAUGACGACAACAACGAGCUGAAUGAUGAAGAUCUCCUGUCGGAUCUCAGUGGCUUCCCAGGAAAUAGAAUAGGAAGAAAUGCUAAAAACCGCAAAUUGAAUGGCAGAUGUGGAACAUUCUGGAGAGCUGAGAAAAGGAUCAGAUUUUCUAUUCGCAAGUUAGUGAAGAGUCAAGCGUUCUACUGGAUAGUGAUCGUGCUUGUGUUCCUCAACACAGUGUGUGUAGCCUCGGAACACUAUGGCCAACCGGACUGGCACUCUGACUUCUUAUAUUACAUGGAGUUCAUGUUCCUGGCUCUCUUCAUCUCUGAGAUGUUCAUCAAGAUGUAUGGACUAGGCGUGCGUGUCUAUUUCAGAUCGUCUUUCAACAUCUUUGACUGUGUGGUUAUCGUAGGGAGCAUCAUAGAAGUCGUGUGGUCCUGGUUCAAGUCAGGAUCCUUUGGCAUCAGUGUGCUCAGAGCUCUUAGGUUGCUGAGAAUCUUCAAAGUCACAAGAUACUGGGCAUCUCUGCGGAACCUCGUCAUCUCCCUCCUCAGCAGUAUGAGAUCCAUCGUGUCACUCCUCUUCUUGCUCUUCUUGUUCAUCCUCAUCUUCGCCUUGCUGGGGAUGCAGUUGUUUGGAGGAGAAAUGAACUUUCCAUCAGGGAGGCCAUCAUCACAUUUUGAUACUUUUCCCAUCGCUCUACUAACAGUGUUCCAGAUUCUGACAGGGGAGGACUGGAAUGAGGUGAUGUACAACGGCAUCCGCGCUCACGGCGGGACAGAGUCGGGCAUGCUGUUCUCGUUGUACUUCAUUAUACUGGUGCUAUUUGGUAACUACACACUGCUGAACGUGUUCUUGGCCAUCGCUGUGGACAACUUGGCCAAUGCCCAGGAGCUGACCGCAGCAGAGGAGGAGCAGGCAGAAGAGGAGAACAUGCGGAGAGAGGAGCGAGAGAAGGCGGAGGCUGCUGAGUUGAUGGCCGGUCAAGCGCCACCGCAGGUCAACAUCUGUCCCCCCUCUCCACAGAACAACGAGGAUGGGAAGACGGCCAACUUCAACUACAUUAAUUUCAGUAGUGGGAAUCGCAUUGACAUCAAUCUACGUCAAAACAACCUCAAGGACAAUCGAGACAAACAAAUCCAUGUAAAUCUGGCUAACAAUCUAGAGGACGAUGAUGACAACGCUAAACAUAAAAGCCCAUACAAAGGAGAAAUGGAACCUGAAGAUAAGGUUCAAAAUACUGAGAACGAUAUAGAUAAUAAAGGAGCAAGUACUACCAGUGACAGCACCAUUGAUAUUCGACCCCACUCACAACACCAGGAAGAAAACGCUUUUGGAAGCCCCAAGCCCAUGUUGCCAUACAGCUCAAUGUUCAUCUUCGGACCAACAAAUCCUAUCCGCCGUUUCUGUCACUUUGUGGUGAACCUGCGCUACUUCGACCUGUUCAUCAUGAUUGUCAUCUGUGCAAGUAGUGUUGCUCUGGCAGCCGAGGACCCUGUCAAUGAGGGCAGUUUCCGCAACAUCAUCCUCAACUACUUCGACUUUGUCUUCACUGGAGUCUUCACAAUAGAAAUGAUACUAAAGGUGGUAGAUUUGGGAGUGCUACUUCACCCCGGCUCAUACUGUAGAGAUUUGUGGAAUAUCCUCGACGCCACUGUCGUCAUCUGUGCCUUGGUUGCCUUCGCCUUCAGUUCGAGUGAGCUACAGGGAAUUCAGAUUACGUUAACGGGAGACAACGCAGGCAAAAAUCUCAACACCAUCAAGUCACUCCGAGUUUUGAGGGUGUUACGACCCCUUAAAACAAUCAACAGGGUUCCCAAGUUGAAGGCGGUAUUUGACUGUGUCGUUCAUUCACUGAAGAACGUAUCCAAUAUCCUCAUCGUGUAUGCAUUGUUUCAAUUCAUCUUCGCUGUUAUCGCUGUGCAACUGUUUAAAGGGAAGUUCUUCUACUGCACCGAUGAGUCAAAGGCUACGAAGGAUGAGUGCCAGGGUCAGUACUUUGACUACGAUGGUGGGGAAGUCCCCACAGUGAAGGAUCGUGAAUGGCUGCGGCAAGAGUUUCACUAUGAUGACAUCGCUAUGGCCAUGUUGACACUGUUCACUGUCACCACUGGAGAGGGAUGGCCAGGUAUCUUGAAGCAUUCAAUGGAUUCCACAACGGAGAACCAUGGUCCCCAGCCUGGGUUCAGCAUGGAGAUGGCUGUUUUCUAUGUGGUGUUCUUCAUUGUGUUCCCUUUCUUCUUUGUCAAUAUCUUCGUUGCCUUGAUCAUCAUCACAUUCCAGGAACAGGGAGAAAACGAGCUCAUUGACCAAGAUCUAGACAAGAAUCAGAAACAAUGUAUAGACUUUGCUAUCCAUGCUAAACCACAAUGUAGGUUUAUGCCCAAGUCCAAGGACUCACUGAAACACAAGAUCUGGAAGCUGGUCGUGUCCACCAAGUUUGAGUAUUUCAUUAUGACGCUGAUUGCGUUGAACACAAUUGUCCUGAUGAUGAAGUUUGAACCGGGUCAAUCCGUGAGAAAUGCUGAGAUUGGGAAGGAUAUGGCAGGCGCUCUAUCAAUAAUUAAUGCUGUCUUCACCGUACUGUACUCGCUAGAGUUCAUACUAAAACUACUAGCUUUUGGAGUCAAGAACUAUUUCCGGGACCCUUGGAAUGUGUUUGAUUUCAUCACAGUACUUGGCAGUAUCAUAGACGUCCUCAUCACUCAGUACUCUGAUGCUACUGUUAGCUUCGGCUUCUUCCGCUUGUUCCGAGCUGCUCGUCUGGUCAAGCUGCUCCGUCAAGGGUACACCAUACGUCUCCUGCUUUGGACAUUCUUCCAGUCUUUCAAGGCUCUGCCGUAUGUGUGCCUGCUCAUCCUCAUGUUGUUCUUCAUCUACGCCAUCAUAGGGAUGCAGGUAUUUGGUAACAUCCGCCUCGACUCCCAGACUGCCAUAAACCGGCACAAUAACUUCAGAACAUUCUUUGAAGCAUUAACACUUUUGUUCAGGUGUGCGACAGGGGAGAGCUGGCAGCAGAUUAUGUUCUCCUGUCUCCCUGGGCGACCAUGUGACCCACAAUCAUACCCCAUAGAGGAGGAGGAGCGAGAGAACGCCUGUGGCCUGAGCAUCGCCUACUUCUACUUUGUUUCCUUCAUCUUCCUCUGUUCCUUCCUGAUGUUGAAUUUAUUUGUUGCUGUCAUCAUGGACAACUUUGACUACUUGACAAGAGAUUCCUCCAUCCUGGGCCCGCAUCAUCUGGAUGAGUACAAGCGGGUGUGGGCUGAUUAUGAUCCCGGCGCCACUGGUAGGAUAACCUACUCGGAGAUGUACGAGAUGUUACGAAACAUGGAGCCCCCAGUUGGCUUUGGCAAGAAAUGUCCGUAUAGAUUAGCUUAUAGGAAACUAAUACGGAUGAACAUGCCUGUGGACAUGCAGGACAAAGUCCAUUUCACAACAACGCUGUUUGCACUUAUCCGGGAAUCACUGAUGAUCAAGAUGGGACCAGCGGAGGAGAUGGACAAGAAGGAUGAGGAGAUGUGCGAGGUGAUCCGCCGACUGUGGCCCGACUACGCCAAGAAGAUCCUGUACAUUCUCAUGCCUCCCAAUGAUGAACUGAAUGAUGGCAAGAACACAGUGGGGAAAAUAUAUGCAUCACUUUUAAUAGCAGAAAACUAUAAAGCAUUUAAAGCCAGUCAAACACAGGCUUCCAGUAUUAGAAUGGCGGGUUUGGGUAUUAAUACCAUGUUUUGGAACAAUACCUCGAGUACCUCCAUCAAUAGGGAGGCACUCUGUGAGGAGGAGUUGCUGGAAGAAAAAGAGGAGCCACAAGAUGAGGAGCCAAAGAGAAGAAAAUCGCAUAUGGUAGAUAGCUUUCUACCACCUGAUAGCUUUCUACCAGCACCAACUAGGUAUCUGCCACCCAUGGAUCCCAGUACCGAGGAGAAGAAAGACCGACGCCCAUCAGUAAAUGGAAAUAUUCCAUCUACUCAUGUCAUCCCGCCAGAAACAGUCACUAGCGAAACCAAUGAGCCGAGUGUCAUCCCAACCAGAAGUACUCUAGCUAGUUUUCUCCACUCAGCUUUAUCUCAGGAUCCAGAGCGGCCCCCAUCUCUGUUCCGUCGUUUGAUCGGUGGCCUGAGAACAACACCUUCCAAUCGAUCCAGCCAAUCACUGGACUCCGAACAUUCUGAUGGCGAGAGGGAUUCAGAGGGAGGUCACAGUAUUGACAAAGGUCACCCAUGGAAUCGGUCAUUCAGCUUUCUGCGCCGAGGCAGCAGUAAGCGGAAGAAAGACCCCCACAGUGACAGCUCCAGCGUACAGAGUUUGGAAUUGAGAGAUGUACCUCUAAGUGCAUCUAGCACGAACCUGCCCAGUAGGGAUAACUCACUAAUAGCACUAGCAGCCAAUCAAAUAACAGCUUCCUUAUCAAAGCUGAAUGAGGCCCCGCGUUCAGCCCAGUUGGACGUCCAGAGACAUGGGGCUCACACCCCUUCUUCCCCAGUGUCACCAAUGUCUCCCCGCUCCCCCCUCCCCAUACACAGUCCUUAUGGGUCCCCCCGGGCAUCGCCUCUCCCAUCCCGCCGCUCCCCCUCACCGAGACGCGCUGACGUGGGCUUCGCAUCUGCUGUGUCCAACAUUGUGGAUCAAGCCCAUCACAUUGCAGAGCAGGAUAGACGUAAGCACCAUGGUCAUCGCCAUGACGACAGUUUGAGUGUUCCAAGCUCUCCUCAGAUGCGCGGUCGGACACAUUCCCGAAACAUCCGCCCUCCCCUAACGCAGCAGUAUCCAGUGUAUGGCUCCCCCCAUCCUAGUCCCAAACCACCCCGUAAAAACAGGGAGUCCACUUUCUACAGAUCCACAUCAUUAGAAAACCGAUCUCGGAGCCCUUCACCUAACCCUAACUUGUCGCAGUCCCAGCUAGAAUACUAUGGUUCAGCCAACCUGACCGACAGAUCCCGUAGUCCAAGCCCUGCCCAGUCACCUCCUAAACGUGUUGGGCGAAAGUUACCACCGGUGCCCGUGUCAAAACCAUCAUCAUUAAAUCUUGCUCAACCGAAACUGAAAGAAAGCAUGCCCAGGGUUAUGCCGUCUCCAACAGUUCCACAGCCACCAAAAAGCCCAGGGAGCAUUAACUUUCCCAAGCUGAACGCAUCACCAACACACCUCCCCAAACUGAACAUCCCGCCUCAUUCGUCGCAUCAUGUGCCUCCACCAGGCCGGCUUGGGAGACCCGAGCCUUAUAGUCCCACAGAGAGAAACAAUCUCAACAAACUUAGUGACCCUAAAUCUCACACCUUACCUAUCGCUCAAAGGACUAGUGGUUACCAUGGUGAUUCACCCUACCAUGGAGCUGACCGUGGAGGCCGACAGUCUGGCCGAGCACCGGAUACUCAUGCCAGUGAUAGGAGUAGAUUUUUAGCCAAUCAGUUUGAAGAUACUCCACCCCAGGAGACAGGGGGAGGUGGGCGGGGAUCUCGCUCUGCUGCUACCCUUCCAAAUGGUUUUAAACCCAAGGUGAAGGGUAAGGGACGGAAGCCCGAAAAAUAUGAACUUCGCAGUGAUAGUAACAUUCCUUUGCAUAAUGAAUCUGAUGAAGAGGAUGACUGGUGUUAGCGUUUGUGCUUAAUUAGGAUUUUCCAAUUUAUUCUGGUUGCCUUGGAGACCAUUUGGUUACCAUGGAUACCAAAGAAGCGUGUGGUCUCCGGUUUCUUUUCUAUGCGUGAUCAUUCAAGACAAUGUGAAGACCAACUGAUAUGAAUGCUGCUUUUUUUUAAAAUGGAAUAUCUUCAUAACCACUUCCAUAAUGUGCUCUUACGUGUGUUUCCAUGACAACUGUGGGUGUGGAUACCGUAUAUUGUGUGAAUUACGUACAGUGUACAUGGCGUACAGAUAGCCGUAGACUGCUCAGAUGCAAUGCUCAUAGUGAGGUCUGUCCAAUCAGUCCUCUAGCUAGUAACGAGACGAGAGUCAACAUUCACACUCAGACUACUUCUUGUGGACACUGAUCGUGUAGAUCCUGUCAACUGGCUUCCUACCAGGCUAAUUCCUAGUGUGUAUCGUGUACUAUAGCAACUACUGCCUCUACCACCGAUAGUGGCACCAGACAGCCCGCUGGUAGACGACGACAAUUCAUGUUGCUAAUCUGACCAGUUUUCACCAGUUGUGUAGCAUGCUGGAUACUGUUAUAUUCAGUACUAUUGUUACCGUCAUGUUAUACAGGUGCAUGUUGGUGAUAUGACAAAAUGUGUAAAUGUACAUGUUGUCUAACAUUUAAGUUGUUUCUGACCAAUAACUUUCGAGACCAAUUAUUUAGCUGAAAAUAUGGUUUAGAAAUGGCUAUCAUAUUGGGAGUUUUACAUUCCACAAGGACCUGACCGUGCAGAUAAUAUACCCCAUGUUUGCUCAUGUAGAUAUGCUUGCAAAAGUAGGAAUAUAUAUAAGAAGUGGAUUUAUAAUGUCAAAAUUAUGUUGUAAAGGCUGUUUCACAAACUAUAACAAUGACUUAUUGUUAUCUAAAACUUUUUUUCUGAGUUAAUAAAAUUUACAUCGCAUCGUCAAUAUUGCAGCCAUAUUGCGACUGUAUUACGAAAAUGAUAAAGAUGGUAUACAGUGGUAGUGUUCAGUGGAGGAAACAGUCAACAUUCAACUUUCCUGUGAAUGUGCAUGUUCCAAUAUUUCAGAAGGUCAUCUGACAGUGUUUGUUGGAGGUGACCUUGUUAAUGCUAGAUGCAGGUGAUGUACAUAGUUACAAGGUUGAAAGUCAUAUACUAUUCCCAUGCACAGGUUUUCACUUCAGGAAUUUUUGUGAAUUUGUCAUUUUUUUUCGUUUUUAAAUUUAUUUACAUUUUCCUUACUUUGAUGCUGAUCCAGCAGACUCAAUGUGAUGUUGAAAUAGUAGAAGAAGAUGGUGUUCAUACAACUUUGAUUCCCACUUGUAACAGGUAAUGGGUGAUAUUAAACUUUGUGAUGUGUCAGAAUUCUUCAACCUUCUUGAACGUAUAUCUCUUUUAUGCUGAAUAACAAAUCAGUCAUAUCCGUCACUGUCUCAUCACUGAGGCUGUUCAGAUCACUCAUGUUCAUCUCAUGUUCAAGGCUAGCCAAGUCAUAUCUGUUACAAUAUCAUUCUUCAAGGCUGUCUAGCCAAGUCAUAUCUGUUACAAUAUCAUUCUUCAAGGCUGUCUAGCCAAGUCAUAUCUGUUACAAUAUCAUUCUUCAAAACUGUCUAGCCAAGUCAUAUCUGUUACAAUAUCAUUCUUCAAGGCUGUCUAGCCAAGUCAUAUCUGUUACAAUAUCAUUCUUCAAGACUGUCUAGCCAAGUCAUAUCUGUUACAAUAUCAUUCUUCAAGACUGUCUAGCCAAGUCAUACAUGUAUCUGUUACAAUAUCAUUCUUCAAGACUGUCUAGCCAAGUCAUAUCUGUUACAAUAUCAUUCUUCAAGACUGUCUAGCCAAGUCAUAUCUGUUACAAUAUCAUACUUCAAGGCUGUCUAGCCAAGUCAUAUCUGUUACAAUAUCAUUCUUCAAGACUGUCCAGCCACAUCAUAUCUGUCACAGUCUCACUAUUCUGGACUGUGCAGAUCUGUUCCACCUAUCACUCUCUGUUUCUCCAUGUCUGUUUAAACUAGUCAUAUAUGUCACUGUCUCCCAGACUGUUAAUCAUUGUUACUCAGAGUUUAUGACAUAAAUGACUUUCUCAUGUCCACUCAAAACCGUAACACAUCUGUUUCUUGGUUAUAUUCAUGUGUACAUGUGUCGGCUCUUUUAGACAAAUAGUACUUGACAAGAUCAUAUCACUCUAGAUUCUACUACUAGCAAGCUGGGUGAUGAUAGUCUAUGAAGUUGAAAUGAAAUUACUUGAGAUAGGAAUAAUAGUGAUUGUGAGUCAUGACAAUCUAAUGGCUCAACUAAACAAGCAAUGACAUGCUGAAAUGAAAAAGUUUUCAUGAUUAACUUUACUAAACCAAUGAUUCAGGAACUUGUCUCUUUGGAAAUAAUAAUUACUAUUGCAGAGUUGUCAUGCUUGGGCUAGGAAGCAUUGGUUAUUCAGAAACACAUGGGAGCCGGGAGCCGGGAGCAUGGAAAUGUAGAUGCUGUCCAAGCAGAUGUGGUUGUUCACACAGCCGAUAGCAGUACCAUGGUAGCAUGGUAAUAAAAAUACUCUCAGAAGCAGUUGUGUUUGUGUUUACAUGAGAGAUUUAUUUAUUGUACCUCAGGUUUUCAGCUGUUUAUUGUCAGAUGUAUUAUGUUUUAUCACAUGGUGUUUUUUUGUGCCUUUUUGUGAGCUGGCCUCAUGUGUAGCCCAAGUUAUUGUAUAUAAGAUAUACAUAUAGCCCUUCUAGUCCACCUAGAAAGUCAGUUGGACAAUGGAUUCUUUUGUCAUAGGUUAAAUGAUCUCAUUGCUAUACACGGUACUCACAAAGAUACAUGAUGUCAUACAUUUAAAAUUGUGUUGAAAUAUAUUCAGAUUUUAUGAAUUUGCUAGAUUUCAAUUUAAAAUUCGAAGAUUCCUAUAGUUAUAUAUUCAUUGUUCAUGAUACACCUUUUUCUUAAAUUAUCUCCAAUGCUUGACACUAGGAGCAGGUGAAUGUGUAGUGGCUAGCAGGGACACCCCUCCUGGUGAUCUGGGUUCGUGUACCCACGUGGACUCACUGGAGGAAACUGUAUCACACCCCAUGUCUGCAGUUCACUAACUGUACAGUUGUACUGCUGUAAACCAGGCCACUAUAAUGUAGCACACAACCUUUAGAACCAGGCCUUUGAUUGACCAUCCCCUUGUGUGCCCAAACUGGCCACCUUGCAUAAACAGGUACAUGUUCACAGUGUUUGGCUUCAUCUUAUAUCUUGGAGGAAGUCUUUCAGUUAUUGGUCUGCAAAGUAAAAGACUCGGCAGUAAGGAAGAUUUGAAAAUUCAAUCUUGCUCAUACAUCGAUAUCAUAACAGUUGUUUGUGGUUUAUGGUAAAUGACAUUCAGAAAUAUUGUUUCAUAACAAACCCUUUUGUCAGGACUUUUUUGUCUUAACCUAGUGGGUAGCUGCUAAUUCAUAUCAUUUAGACUUUGAGUAUUAAAAUAAUAUGACCAUUACAUUGUAGCAUGCCCCAGAUAUAGAACUUUUGGAAAGUGUGCAGCGAUGAGGACUGCGGUGCCAUGCUCAUGUAUAUCCACCCAGUCCUACAACACAGUGUACUGUGCCCUAGUUACCAGCUCCUCCAACAUCAGGCAAUAAAUAGGUCAAGUAGAAGUGAGACUCUCAAUGAUGCUGAUGCUGGUUAUGGCUGAUGUCCAUCCAGGUGCUCCCAUCAUAAACACACGUAAUGGUAAACACUCACUUUCUCCAGAAGAGUAUUCCCACAGGUCUCCAUCUCCGAGGCAGCUUCUGUUGGCCUAGUUACACAGUUCCUAUUGCCUGUACUGGAUUGUUGGUUCUAACAAAUAAUAUCAGAAGUCUUCUAUUGUAGGUUAUAUGUGAAUGCAUGUUAAGGAGCCGUUUCUAGUGUUGUUAGCUCAUUUUGUAUGUUUCUUCCACAGAACCUACAGCUAGUUGUUACAGAUGUUUGCUGGUUCAUGCAUUAUCAGAUUGUUAUAUUACCAGUUCUAACUAUUAACUACAAACGUACAAUAUUAUCAGCAUCUGUUAGGAAACAAGUCUUGCGACAAGGACACUGUGAUAUGGAAAAUACUUUAAUCAUGUUGAUGAAACGACAUGCAUGUAUGAUGACUGUCAUAGCAUAGAGUCACUUGUUCAUUUGUAUAUAGAUGGUGUUUUCUUUUUACUAUUUUUUUUUCAAAAUAAAAAUUAAGAAAUACUAACAGUUGUAUAUCUGUUGAAAUUAGUCAAUAAUCUUGCACAGUCACUCGCUAUGAUGUGCUGAUUUUUUUUUUCAACUACAGUUUUAGUAAUAUUAUUUUGUUAUUUCAAUUAUUACCUUUAUUGAUACUUAUACAUUUUGCUGCAUGGAUGUGUUUGCCAUACGGUUUUCUAUGCAAUUUUCUCUUGUGAGUUUCUGAAAAAAACAGUGAAUGUGACGAUCAUACCAACUGUAAACUUGUUGUAUAUUGUGUAAAUAUAAGAUCUUAUAUUUAUAAUGACAUCCACGUUAUAUUUGUAAAUUUUCACAUUUGUCAGGAAGGUGUUUUUGUUGAGAAAACAUCCUCUUGAUUCUGUUGAUAUAUUAGGUCCUAUGUUCGCUCACAACUUGCAUUCAAUGUAUUGACUAAAUUUUCAUAAUCAUUUUUGUUAGAAUCUUGACCUGUAGAUAUAUACUAGUGUUGUUGAAGUGUUGACCGCUUCCUCACUGUUUGUUGUGCGGUAUGUAUAGAAACAAUAGGAUGUAGAAGGGCACCCUGUCGCCCUCCAUUCCCACCUUAUAAAGAGACAGUGAUCAGUGGUCCAUGUUCGACGUAGUUCAAACAAUCAAACAUUGCAGCCACCUCAUGAUGACUGGCAGGCUUUUCAGCAUGUUAAAGUGCUCCUGAAAAUUUAUCAAUAACUUGUUUUUAUUCUACUCAAUCUCGCCUUAAAAUUAAAAUAUCUUAAAAAUU